UGUUGUUGAUUGGCUCAUUCGGCGUCGUGAAAACGCCAAUUGACGCGGAGAAGUCGCAUCAAGCGAAGAUCUUCGAAGUUUGAACUUUACUGUGCCGAGAAAGGAAAGGACAAAGGAGAGGCCGCGUUGAGGCAGAGAAUAGAGAGAGAGAGAGAGAGAGAGAGAGAUUCAAAAAGCAACCGAAGAAUCGACCUGAAAGAAUGGCGAUGGCGGGCUUGUACCGCCGAGUGCUUCCGUCUCCUCCCGCCAUUGACUUCGCUUCUCCUGAAGGCAAGCAACUCUUUUCAGAAGCCAUGCAAAGUGGCAUGAUGGAAGGAUUUUUCAAGCUUGUCUCCAACUUUCAAACGCAAUCGGAGCCAGCCUAUUGUGGAUUAGCAACCCUCGCCAUGGUCUUGAAUGCCCUUGCUAUUGAUCCCGGAAGAAAGUGGAAAGGGCCAUGGAGAUGGUAUGAUGAAUCUAUGUUGGAUUGCUGUGAACCUUUGGAAAAGGUUAAAGCUGAAGGCAUUUCGUUUGGAAAGGUUGUAUGCUUGGCUCAUUGUUCUGGAGCAAAAGUUGAAGCUUUUCGCACAAAUCAAAGCACCAUUGAUGAUUUCCGUAAGCAUGUGAUUGCUUGUUCUACUUCAGAUGAUUGCCAUGUGAUCUCAUCAUAUCAUCGAGGGAUUUUUAAGCAGACAGGAACUGGCCACUUUUCACCUAUUGGUGGUUAUCAUGCUGGCAAGGACAUGGCACUUAUUUUGGAUGUUGCACGUUUUAAAUAUCCUCCUCAUUGGGUUCCGCUCACUCUCCUUUGGGAAGCCAUGGAUACUAUUGAUAAAGCAAGUGGCCUACGCAGGGGGUUCAUGCUAAUUUCUAGGCUUCAUAGAGCACCAGCACUGCUGUACACCCUGAGCUGUAAGCAUCAGAGUUGGAUCAGUAUUGCUACAUACUUGUUGGAUGAUGUUCCUCACCUAUUGAAGGAAGCUGAUGUGAAAGAUAUUAAGAAGGUGCUCUCUGUUAUUUUAUCAUCCCUCCCUCCAAAUUUCGGGGAUUUCAUCAAGUGGGUUGCAGAAGUUCGGAGACGAGAGGACAAUGGUGGUCCAAGUCUGAGCCAAGAAGAGAAAGGAAGACUUGCUGUGAAGGAAGAGGUAUUGAAACAGGUGCAGGAGACUGUUCUCUACAGACAUGUGACGGAGUUUCUGCUUUCAGAGAGAUCAUGUUGCACAAAUAUAUCAAAGGAAGCACGUGAAGAUAAUUUAACUGAUAUCGCAGCUCGGGUCUGUUGCCAAGGUGCGGGCCUUUUGUCUGGCUUGGAUUCAUCUGGGUCGUGUUGUCAGGAAACAUGUGUCAAGUGCUUCAAAGUUAAUGGUGACAAGCCUGUUACAGUGGUUUCUGGGACGGUGGUGAACAGUCGUGGUGGUGAGCAAGGAGUAGAUAUGCUAGUUCCUUCAUCCCACACAGAGCUGGGUUCCUGUGGUUGUACUCCAUCCAAUCGUAUCGGCAUGUACCCAGCAAGCAAUGAUGUUCUGACAGUGCUUUUAUUGGCAUUGCCUCCUAAUACAUGGUCUGGUGUCAAAGAGGAGAAGCUUUUGCAGGAAAUACGUAGUCUUGUUUCAACUGAAAGCCUUCCCACUCUGCUUCAAGAGGAGCAGGUAUUGCAUUUGCGAGGCCAACUCCAGCUCCUUAAGAGUUGCAAAGAUAAUAACCUAGAAGAAGAUCUUGGUGCCUUUGGUAGGAUAUUUAGCUGAUUUAUCAUUUUUUUUUUUUUUAUAAUUUAGAUUCGUAUUAGAUUAAUUGUGUUCUAGUCAAAGUGUGGGUGGUUUUGGGAAGGAAUAUAUGUAAACUUGACAAGCAGCACAGCUGUCAAAAACGGGGUGUUUAAUGUAAGGAACUCUUUACUUUAUCAGGUUACUUGGAUAUAGAUUCAUGUACAUCAAUACAACCUGCAAUUAUGCUUCACUUUAA